AUGUAUCCUACAGCACCUCCUGACGAUGAGAAAUAUGCAGCUGAUCAUAAUCACCAAAAUAUUGCAAAUCCUGUCCCAGCUCCAGGGCUGAACAAUCCUAGUGUAUUACGUACGUACACUCCUCCCCCGUACGCAUACAAUACGCAGCCUUCUGGUCAUGUAAGGGGGAACUGGUCCACUGGUCUUUGCCAUUGUUUUGAUGAUCCUGCAAAUUGUAUGAUCACUGCCUUUUGCCCUUGCAUCACGUUCGGCCAGAUAGCUGAGAUAGUGAGCCAAGGCUCUACAUCUUGUGCUUCACAGGGAGUGUGCUAUGGGAUUCUUCUAGCAACAACUGCAAAUGCAUGCUUGUAUUCGUGCUUCUACCGCUCGCGGUUGAGAGGCCAAUAUGACUUGGAAGAAGCUCCUUGUGUGGACUGCCUGGUGCACUUCUGCUGUGCUACUUGUGCACUAUGUCAAGAGUACAGAGAGCUCAGAAAUCGUGGUUUCGAUAUGGGGAUAGCCUGGUUAAUUUAUUGGCUGUGGUCGAAAAGGCAUGAUCGAAGAAACUGCAAUCUUGCCAAGGCCACCAUGGCUGUGAAAUCUUGGCUCCAGAGACGAUUAGUUAUUGUUCUGAUUGCUGAUAGUUGGGGCACAUAG